CGAGCAAACCACUUUAUAUUUCGACUGCCCUUUUCCACCGUCUUGCGUUCUCCCUUCCGUCUUCUUCAGUUCUUCCGUUGCCUAAUCGGAGCAAGCCCCUAAAAUCUUUUAAGUUUCAUCGUUCGGUGCGAUGGACGAGCCGGGGCAGUUGAAGCGAGCGCUUAUCAGUUCCUCCUCCGGAGCCAUCUCCGGCGCGAUCUCCCGGAUAGUGACCUCGCCGCUGGACGUGAUCAAGAUUAGGUUUCAGGUUCAAAUGGAACCAACAUCUUCAUGGGCCCUACUCCAAAGGGACAUGUAUGGUCCUUCAAAAUACACUGGAAUUCUGCAAGCUAGCAAAGACAUUUUUCGAGAGGAAGGUUUGUCGGGUUUCUGGAGAGGAAAUGUCCCUGCUCUCAUGUUGUACAUGCCAUAUACAGCUAUACAAUUUUCAGUUCUUCACGCGUUGAAAACUUUUGCAGCAGGUUCAUCAAAGACAGAGGAUCACUUGCGGUUGAAUGCAUAUUUGUCUUAUUUUAGCGGAGCAUUUGCAGGAUGUGCAGCAACUAUAGGAUCAUAUCCUUUUGAUCUUCUACGGACUGUCUUGGCAUCACAGGGUGAGCCAAAGGUCUAUCCAACCAUGAGAUCAGCUCUAUUUGACAUCAUUAAAAUUCGUGGGUUACGAGGACUAUAUGCUGGAUUGUCACCCACACUUGUUGAAAUUGUUCCCUAUGCUGGCCUGCAAUUCGGAUCAUAUGACACUUUCAAGCGUUGGUUGAUGGCAUGGAAUAGAUACAGAGUUCCCAAUGCUAGCCCAAUUAAUCCAGAUGAUUCUCUCUCAAGCGUCCAGUUGAUUCUUUGUGGUUUUGCAGCUGGAACUUGUGCAAAAACCAUUUGUCACCCUCUAGAUGUGGUCAAAAAGAGAUUCCAGAUAGAAGGUCUAGAAAGGCAUCCAAGAUAUGGGGCUCGAUUAGAGAACCACAAAUACAAGAACAUGCACCAUUCCUUACUAGAGAUAUUCCGCACCGAAGGGUGGCCUGGUCUAUACAAGGGCAUCUUUCCUUCUCUACUAAAAUCUGCUCCUGCUGCUGCAGUCACAUUUGUAGCAUACGAGAACAUCUCGGACUGGCUGGAAUCUCUAGUAAACUGAAGACAUGAAUUCAUUUGUUGUUUCUAUACAUGACAAACACUAAAUUAUUUCAUCACGCAACCAAAGUUUGGGUUCGCUAUAAGUGUCCGUUGAGGCCAUGCGCAACCAUGAAGCAUGGGGGAGUAUUGGUGACAACUUUGUUAUCCGUCACCUAUCACGUUAGAUGUACGUUUUUUUGUUUAUUUUCCUCUACUUUUCACAGUGUUGAUGGUUAUAUCACUUGGUCUUUUGCUGAAAUGAUAUCAUGUCAUCCUUUUUGGAUUUAGAAAUCGAUUUAUGACCUGUUCAUUAAA